CGAAUAUCGCAAAUUUCAAACAAUCUAAAAAUAAAACCACGUACCCAAACCAAUCUCGAAAUUUUCGAUCGAACUUUUGAAAGAGGAAUUUGUUUGAGUUAUGGAUUUUGAGCUAAGGAGAGCGAGAGAGAAGCUUGAUAAAGAACAGAGGGAGAGGAAGGAAAGGGCCAAGUUGAAAUUGGAGAAAGAGAGGAAAGCGAAAGAAGAGGCUAAGAAGCAGCGAGAUGCCAUUGAAGCUGCUCAGAGAUCUAGAAGGCUUGACGCCAUUGAAGCUCAGCUCAAGGCUGAACAACAAAUGGUAGAAAGUUUGCUUGCGGGAGGAGGAAUAGUUUUUUGUAGGAUCUUAGAAGCUGUACGUUUUCAGGGUAGUGGAGAUAAGAUCAAGUUGCCACCAUCAUGUUUCACAGAAUUGUCUAAUCAAGGUGCAUUUGACAAGGGACCGAUGUACUUUCAGUUGUUGGUGGUUCAUCAAGGGGGUUCUUCAGCGAUUAAGGGUGGUGAGAAGGAGAAUAAUAGGACUACUCAUUCGGGUGUCUUGGAAUUCACUGCUGAUGAAGGUUCUGUUGCAAUUCCUCCCCAUGUAUGGAGUAAUUUGUUCCCUGUGGACACUCCAAAGUCUCCCUUGGUUGAGGUUCGUUAUGUUCGACUUUCAAAAGGAACAUAUGCUAAACUUCAACCUGAUGGAAUUGGCUUUUCUGACUUACCCAAUCACAAGGCUAUUCUUGAAACAAGCCUUCGUCAGCAUGCUACCCUUUCUCAAGAUGACAUUCUCACAGUUAAAUAUGGGGAGUUGACGUACAGGUUACGUGUGCUUGAGCUAAAACCCUCUUCAAGCAUAUCUGUCUUGGAAACAGAUAUUGAGGUGGAUAUAGUCAACCCUGGUGUUGAAUCAGAGAGGACAGAUCAAUACGUCUUAAAACCACUUGUGUUUGGUACAUCAGACUCUGGAUUGGUUGAGGAAGGAAAUUACUUGUAUUAUAAGUUCUCAAUUGAUGAGAAUACAUGGGAAAAAAUUGUUUUGGACGAUGCCAAAAUAGAGGUCAAGAUAGAUGCAGAGGCGAAUGGUGGAGAUACUGAUCUUUAUGUAUCCAAGCAUCCCCUUAUAUUCCCAAACUGGCACCAACAUGAAUGGUCUUCCCAUGAUGUUGGCUCAAAGACUUUGAUCCUCAGCUCCAAAGAUGGGAACUUGGGUGCUGGUACUUAUAGCCUUGCAGUCUAUGGCUUCAAAGGAACAACCAAGUACCAGGUAUCGGUGCAUGUUCAAGAGAACAGCAAGCAUAAGGUGGGUCAACAAGCUGUGCAUUCAUCUGCGAUGGAGGUUGAUAAUGUGGAGUGCCGGAACUGCAAGCAUUUUAUACCCAGUAGGAGUAUAGCACUGCAUGAAGCAUACUGUAGUAGACAUAAUGUUGUUUGUCCACAUGUUGGUUGCGGAAUUGUUCUAAGGAUUGAAGAGGCCAAAAAUCAUGUGCAUUGUGACAAAUGUGGGCAAGCUUUUCAACUGGGAGAGAUGGAGAAGCACCUGAAAGUGUUCCAUGAACCACUUAGGUGUCCUUGUGGAGUUGUCCUUGAGAAGGAAGACAUGGUGCAACACCAAGCUUCAGAUUGUCCCCUGCGUCUAAUUACGUGUCGGUUUUGUGGAGACAUGGUUCAAGCUGGAAGCUCUGCCAUGGACGUUCGUGACAGAUUAAGAGGGCUUUCUGAACAUGAGAGCCUUUGUGGCUCAAGGACUGCUCCAUGUGAUUCUUGUGGACGUUCUGUAAUGUUGAAAGACAUGGACAUCCACCAAAUUGCCGUUCACCAAAAGAACUAAUGUCAGUCCAACUUCCCGAUUCAAGUAAAGUCCAAAGUCAGCACUAUUUUGCAUGGCUUAUAUUGUUUAUGAUUCAAAGAGAAAAAAAGAAAUCAACACUAAAGUUGUUCACAUAUGCAUGAAUCAAAGAAACUGAUGUGAUUAUUUAUA